AUGGUUAAACAUCGCAAUACUUCCGAAUUUAGUAUUAAAAAAUUUAAAACUUCUGUGAGUGGUAAGUAUGAUUCAACACAUCAUUACUGGGAAAGUCAAUUAUAUUCUCGGUCUUAUUUUAAAAAUAAAUUGUGCGACUCAAAAUUCAAAUAUUAUGAUUCCAGCAGUGUUUUUAAAUUCCUUUUUUUCCACUGGGCUACCAAGUGGGCAUAUCUUCUCUCCAAAGAUUAUGUAGAACCAUAUAAGUUACAUCCACUUCCCAUUUCAGACCAAAUUCUAUAUUGGUAUCCAGUUUUAUCAAAACAUCUCAGUGACGGUUUACUAGCAUUGGAAAAAUAUGAAACAAUAGAGUAUGGACACCCAAAUACCAGACCUACUAGAUCCGUUUUGUUAAGGGCUUUAUUCCUAACAUUUUGGAAGCGAGUUUCAUUUGGUCUCCUUGGUAUUGUGGUUACCAAUGUUCUUAGUAUAAGCAUUGCAUUGCUGGUCAAGCAUCUUUUGGGAUUUUUGAAUAAUAGGUCCUUUGCUCUAGUGAAAAUAUUUCUGCUUAUAUUUUCUAUAAUAUUAUUACAGAUUAUUGAUGGAAUUUUGAUCGAGAACUUUAGAUAUUAUUUAAAUAGAAUAACAAUUACAUGGGAAUAUUCAGUUGCAAUCAGUGUGUUCCAACACGGUCUGUGUUAUAGACGUAACUUCAACAAUAAUAUAAGCGGAUCUAACUUGUUGAAUGUUUGUAAUAAUGUGUUGCACACCUGUUAUCCUGAUUCCGAUUGUUCCAGAAGUCCAUUAUAUUGCCCUGCAAGGAGAUUCCAAAACAAAGACGUCACUCCAAACAUGUUCACAUUCCAAUAUUAUGAUUGCUUCUACAUUUCAAUGUUUUUGGAAUCACUAUCUUACAUCGUUGAUUUUUUGUCGAAUUUCAUCUAUGGAAUAAUAUUAAUUUCCAUGCAGAUAAAGGCGAACUUGUGGAUCAUAUUCCUUUCUGUUAUAAUUUUCAUAUUUUUAAUGGUUGUUUUUGAAAUUAUAAACACCUACUUGUUUCAUUUUAUUUCUUUAAUUAAGGAUUAUAGGAUAGGAGAAUGCAUAGAAAUUAUAUCGCAGUUACCUCUAAUCAACAAGUUGCUUUAUGACGAUAUUGCAAUCAACAUCAUUACUCAAACCAGGAAUACUGAAUUGAUGUUGGUUUUGCUUCGGGUAUUUUUAACACUAUUCAAUAAAUCGUUAUACGUAAUGUGUACCAACCUAUCAUUUUACUUUUUGUUAAGUUACUUUGUAAAAUCUGUUAAAGAUGCUGGAGUUAUUACUGAAAUUGAUACAGCGGGAUUUUUAUCAACAUUCUACAUAUUUUUCAGGAUUAUUAACUCAAUGUUCAUGUUUCCACAUGCACUUAAAAGACUUACUACCUCAUAUGUAUCAUACAACAGAAUUAAUAAAUACGUCAACACUUGUUCUCCUAAUUUCUACAUCACUGAUAACAAAUUCACUGGAACCACAGAAAUGUACUCUGACCUGCCAGAUGUUACCAAUGAGAUUGCGAAGGAUGUUAUAGUACUAUAUAAGGAUGCCUCAUUUGCAUGGGUUAACAGCAGGAAGGAUUUUGUUAAUGACAACAAUGAAGUCCAUUUGAAAAAUAUUAACUUCCAACUUAAGAGGGGAGAAAUUGUCAUAAUUACAGGAUCCCAAGGUUGUGGAAAAUCUAACUUCAUCAAGUCAGCUCUAGGUGAGAUGACUUUGGUUGGAGGUUCAAUGGCCGUUAUUCCCCUUCACACAUCAAUGCCAAUAUUUUAUUCAUCUGAGAAUAUAUGGCUACAACAGGGCACUAUUAGAUCAAACAUCACCUUUGGACACAGAUUUGAUGAGGACAUUUAUGAAUCAGUUAUCAAAGCACUUGAACUUGAAACUGAUAUAUUAUCAUGGGAGAAAGGUGACUUUAGAGUUGUCUCAGAUAAUGCUCACUCACUAAGUUGUGGUCAGAGAGUUAGAAUGGAAAUGGCUCGCGCUAUCUAUGCCUAUCUCAUAUUUAGUAAAGUGAACAAGGAUUACAAUAGAAACCAGUGUUCAUUCCUGAUGUGUCUAGAUUCACAGUUUCAUGGAUUAGACCCUUACGUAUCAAGAACUGUAUUCUUCAACCUGUUCAAUGCUAAGAAUGGAUUACUUGUCAAGGAUGAUCUUGCUGUUAUCCUUUCUUCAUCACUAACAUUGUUGGAUAAAUGUGUCAGAUCUUCAGACUUGGUUAAUUUCCCCAGAAUUCCCGUAUACGAGAUUGAUAACAAAUCUGUUCAUUUCAACUGUUAUUUAUCAGAUAUUUUUAAAGACAAAAAGCUACAAAAUGCCUUUGAGUAUAUCACACCUCCUUCAGGUCCAUAUAAGUUGAAUUUCUUCACCAAUGAUAUGAUGAAACUAUGUUAUUCAGGUUCUACUACUAGGGAUGGCAGACGUCUUGUAACAAAGUCAAAAUAUAGAGAGUCGUUUAGUACGAUUAUUAAAACUGAUUAUUCUGAUGAUAAAUUUAAUCCAUACUUGGUGUAUUUCAAGGCAGCUGGAUUUACGUUUAUUCUGUUUAUAAUCUUUGCCGUUGCUUCAAGUGUUAUGGAUAACUCCAAGUUUGUUCUUGCGACUAAUCUCUCAGAUUAUAUAUCCAAUAAAACUAACGACUUCAAUGAUGGAAUCUCAAUUGACUUAUCAGCUGUCAAAUCACAUAGCGACUCUGCCCUAAAUAAAAUAGUAAUUAUUAUUACUGUUAUUAUCUUUUGUUCAGUAAUAUCAUCCGUAUUAUUUACUAUAUCAAGUUUCAUGGCAUCAAAAAAAAUUCAUGAAUACUCAUUGAAUUCAGUCAUAAAGAACAGCUCAUCAGUGAUUAAGAUCAAGAAACAAAUCAACCAAAUGAUUACAUAUUUUUCGGCUGAUAUCGUUUUUAUAGAUGAAUACCUUGGCUAUCUGUUAUUCACUGUAUUAUUGUUAUUCAUCCAGACUGGAAUCUCCAUUGGAACAUUAUUCUACACAAUACCACUAUCCGUUCCAUUUAUUGCUUUAUCUUUGGUCACUAUCUUUGAAUUUAUUGUAUCAAAAUAUGUCAAAUCAUCUAUGAAUCAACAUCUUGGAGAUUUAGAGUCCAUUGGUCAUAUUAACACAAUGUGCAAGAAUGCUAUAUUAGGUUCACCAAUUCAUAGAAGCUUUAAAAAAGAAUGGGAGUUGGUUAAUGAUAUUAUAGAAAGGGUCGACUACAAGUUCAGGUGCAGGUUUUUAGCCAUAACUUUUGCUUCUUGGACAACCUUAUUAUCUACUUGGAUAUUUUCACUAACCACUGCGGUAUUCCUUUCAGCCAUGAUAAUACUUGAUAAGUUUACAAACUACGAGAUGGAUGUUGGUUAUUUUGGGCUAGGUCUUUCACUCAGUAUGAGUGUUAUUAAAUCUUUUAGCAAUUUCUCAUUCUCCUUCGCCAGGUUGCAAGUUUUUAUGUGUUCAGUACAAAGAUUCCAAUGCUUCAUCCCUCCGGGAACCAAGUGUGCGUUUGACAAAUUCCGCAAUGUUCACGAAGAGGAUGUAGUUAUUGAUUCUACCAAACCUGAGUACCAAGUAGAUAAAAAAAACUUGCUUAGGAGAAGAACAAAUGAAUUCAAAGAAACAAAACCCAAUUCAUUUGAAAAGCUUGAUUUCAAUCCAAAGAUUAAUAUUAUUGAUAUUUGCAAAUAUAUAUCACCUGAACACACUGGCCUAGUGUUGAAGGAUGUAUGCGUCUAUGCAUCAUCACUUAUGAACAAGGAAGGCCUCAUCCUUAACAACAUUAACGCAACACCCGGUAGAUCUGAUAUCAUUGGUAUCAUUGGUAGAACUGGUGCUGGUAAAACAACUUUACUAUCUGUCCUACAAAACACUAUUAGAAAUAGAACAGGUCAUGUCCUGCUAGAUGGCAGAGAUUUACAAGAAAUUCCCAAAAGUGUAAUUAGACAUAUUGUUGGUGUUCUUCCUCAACUGCCUUUUGUCUUCAAGGGUUGGACCAUUAGAAGGUUCUUGGAUCCAAGGAGACUUUUUAGUGAUGAACAAAUUAAUGAAGCCCUGAAUAAAUGUGGCCUCUUGGAUUUUGUAAAUAACCUUCAGGGAGGAAAAAGACUCGAUACAAUAAUUAUCCCAAAACCACUUAACAUGGCCAAAAACUUUUUUGAACAAUCACCAAAAGAGUCGUUUAGCAAAGGUAAGGAACCUUACCCUGAAGAAGAGUCAAUGACCAUGGAUGACUUUAAAACAGAUGGUAUUAUGUUAUCUGUAACUCAGCUUAGAACUCUUUGGUUUGCCAAGCUUGUCUUGUCCAGAGAUUUAUACAGAAUGAUAAUAAUUGACGAGCCACCUUCUGAAAUAUUUUAUGAUGAAGAUGGUUCUGAAGUUCAGGAUAUGGGCAUCCCAAUCUACGAACUCUUAGAUAAAUACUUUAAGCACUGUACAUGUUUUGUGACUGCGCAUUAUGCCAACGUCCUCAAAUCUUGUACAUCAGUAUGGGUGAUGCAUAAUGGCAGACUCAUAAAGACCUGCAGCGCAUCUGAAGUAUCCAAAAACGAUUCUAUUUCGAACAUCAUUGAAGAGAUGGUUACCAAAUACUCAAACUAA